AUGCGCUCAUCCAAACCGAGGGCUUCUCCUACAUCGCUGGAGCCAAACGUCCUGGAAGCCGAAAGGCCAGGGUUGACAUCUACACUAAGGAUGGCAUCAGCGUUACACCUCGAGAGAUUCGCAGCAACGUUCAUGAAUACGGAGUGGGUCGUCAUGGUAGGAGUCUUCAACCAAGAGGAUGUGAAAGACUUCCAGGUCGCCUUAGAUAUGCGUUCUCUGUGCUUUGUCGGUUCUGCCGUCCCCAAAGGUUCCAUCUCUACUGACCGAGGAACAAAGCCGCCCCAUCCAAGCAUCAUGUAUCGCACCAUUCUCAUCGGUAUGUUGCAUUCAAUUCACUGUUGCUGCAUGUGCAAGUUUCGAGGACAGGUGGAAGUUGCCCUCGCGGCGGCUCUGCUGAAGGGAGCGGAUACGGUGCCUGAUGCAUUUGCAGAGCACACUUCCCCGCUCACGUUUUCACUUCUGUCGCCAGUGCUGCGGCACAGACCAGUAUUCAGAGAUUUCUUCCUUUCCACAGCCGCUGCCCUAGCUGCUGCAGUCGUCGCUCUUCCACGGGCCAAGCGAGCUGCAUAUGAACUCCCCGACGGCGUCGAAUUCCUGGUGGGCGCCGUCAAGACCUCCUUCCAAUGCCCUGCCCGUAACGGGUACUUCGCUGACGUUGAUAACAACUGUCAGAUCUUCCAUGUCUGCAACACUAUCCCUAAGGAAGACGGAUCGGUCGAGGUGCAGCAGUACAGCUUCCUGUGCGGCAACCAGACUGUCUUCAACCAGUUCAGCUUGACCUGUUCCCUCCCUGAAGACUCUGUGCCCUGCAGGAGUUCUCAGGAUUUCUUCUACUUGAACGAGAGGAUAGGCCAAGAGAAGGUCGCCAUCCACGACGUUGGUGAUAUCCAGAGGGCUGUGCCGCUCAUCCCACGAUACCAGCAGGCCGGACUUGCAGCUCCCUUCUCCAAGGCUUGAAGCAUUUAUUGAACGUAGGACAGGACGUUUGUUGUGUAGCUUUGGCCACUUGCUAUGAUGUCCAACAGAAGUUGUCCGGCUGUCGGUGGACACUAGAGUGUUGUUGCUUGCCAGCUCGAGCAAGAAACGGGGUUGUAGUAAAGGCACCUGUAGCUCUCUUUCAUGUUUGUUUCUAGCGAAACAAGGGCAUUUUUACGGUCUGUGGCUUUUUUUCAUUGUCUGUAGUUCCCUUUGUCCUUAAUUCUUCAUGUCUGCUACCCUUGACUGUGACUCUGUGGCACUGGGUCUACUUCUUGCCGAAAUGGCUGUCGUCGUCGUCGUCGAAAUACUUCUGUGUUUGCUUGUGUCUGUUCAUCGUUGCGCUUGUAUAUUGUGCCCUCGUUUGCAUCAUUCGCUGAGUUCAAUAAAGCGUGAAUAAACAAGGAUAUAUACA